AUGACCUCCACCGGGCGCCGGGUGCGCGGGCAGACCGAGGCCCAGCGCCUGGCUGCCCGUGAGCUCCGCCACAGCGAGCUCCUGCUCAACAAGCGCAUCAGCCAUCUGAUCGACUUUGGCCUGUAUCGGUUUGUGCAAACCACCGAUCGCGAGGUGCUCACCUUCCGCCGACGGAUGGUGGGCCUCCGGUGGCGUGCGCUGGCCCAGCGUGCCGGCCGGCAUCUCCACGAGGGAGCCGAUGGCUCCUCCUCGGCCACCCAUGCCAGCCCGCGCAUUCAUCCGGCCGAUUACAUGACCGAGCCCUUCCUCGACACAUUGCCCUUUGACCUGGAGCCGCACAUUGCCCAGGGGUCCAGCCCGGCACUGGCCGUGACUGAUGCCACGGACACCGCUCCCCGGCGGGCGGUCAUCCGGCUGAAUGUCAUGGUCGGCUCGGUCAACCGGGCCGUCUUGGCCCAAGUAGACGAGACCGUGGACCAGCUGAUCACCAACAAUGUGCUGAAGUUCUGGCGCAAGCUCAGCCUCCCGGAGGACAGCACCUGCGACGAUUAUGUCCUGAAGCUGGCCGGCUCGGCGGACUACCUGGGUGGACCGCAUCCCUUGCUGUCGUUCGAGGCCAUCCGUCGGGCCGUGAGCCGGCGCGAGUCCAUCGUCGUCCGGCUCCUGCCAAAGGGCGAUCUCCUGACCCAGGACAGCCAGUGGACCGAGAACUGGGACCUCAUCGAGGACACGGUCGGCCGGGCGGGCACCCAUCAGCAGCUUUCCUCGCUGGACCGGGCUCCGGAAGACAUUCGGACCCUCUCCCUGUGGGAUCUCCAUCAGCCGCUGCGUGUGCGCGUCCUUGGCCUGGACAACUUGAGUGCCGCCCUUGCGGCCGGUGCGGCGGCCGCCGCGGCCGCCGACAAGUCGCUCCCCGCCCUGGAGCAGGUGUAUGUCGAGGCGGCCCUCUACCAUGGGGGCGAGCUGCUGGGCAUCACCUCGGCCGCCGGGGAUGAUGAGCUUGCCGUGCGCGAGGCGGCCACUCGGCGGUCCGUGCGCCGGACGACCUUCGCCGCGGUUGGCUCUCAGCUCAGCGGCCCGGGCGGGCCCGGGCUCGGCCACAUCCGGUGGGACUCCUGGCUGACCUUCGGCGUGCGUUUGCAGGACCUCCCGCGUGCGACACGCCUCUGCCUGACGGUCUACGGCCGGGCCGGGUCGGGCACCGGGUCGGGCACGGCCAUUCCCCUGGGCUGGGUGAAUUUCCUACUGAUGGACUCGGCCGGGCAGCUGGCCCAGGGGGUCAUCGGUGGAUUGCAUCUGUGGCCCUCGGAGGCGGCCAAUCCCAUUGGCUGCUGCGUGCCGAACCCCUGCCCGGAUGCGGCCAAGCGCUUCACCCUCUACCUCCAGCUGGAUGAGUAUUCGGUGCCGGUCAUGCAUCCGGACGAGUUGCCGGGAUUGGAUUUGGCCCCGAAGACCGGCGACAUUUCUCCCGAGGGCACGGAAGCCGCCACCCUGGCGAUGGGGGACGGGCCGAAGCCGGCCCCGGUGCCGGAGGCCAUUGAGCAGCCGGCUCCGGCCGAGCUGGCCAUCCUCGAGCGCGUCCGCCAGAUGGACCCCCUGAGCAAGUUGGAUCCCGGAACCAAGCGCCUGGUGUGGCGGCACCGGCGGUUCCUGCGUCAACGCUACCCGGACGCCCUGCCGAAGCUUCUCCUGUCGGCUCCCUGGGACCGGCAGGCCGAUGUCGCCGAGGCCCGGGAACUGGUGGCCAAUUGGCCGCGCCUGGAGCCGGAGGCGGCGCUCGAGCUGUUGGAUGCCAACUUUGCUGAUGCCCAUGUGCGGGCCUUUGCCGUGGCGCAUCUGGCGCAUUUGGACAAUGCGGUUCUGGUGGACUUCCUGGUGCAGCUGAUCCAAGUUUUGAAGUAUGAGCCUUACCAUGAUUCGGCCCUGGCGCGGUUCCUCCUUCGCCGGGCUUUGGCCAGUCGCCGAGUGGGCCACCAUUUCUUCUGGCACCUGCGGGCCGAGAUGCACUGGCCCGAGAUCCAGGUUCGCUUUGCCCUGUAUCUGGAGACCUACUUGCGCGGGGCCGGGUCCUAUUUGCGGCACCUGGAGCGGCAGAGCAAUGUCAUCGGGCAUUUGGCGCGCGCGGCGCUGGCCAUCAAGCCGGCCAAGAAUUCCGAGCGUCGGGCCAUCCUCCAUCGGCACUUGGCGGACUUGGCGCCGGGUGUGAUGGGCGCCGGCAUGGAGGCCCCCUUCGAGCUGUCGCUGAACCCCCGUUGGGAAGCAUCCGGCGUGCUGGUCGACCGGUGCAAGUUCAUGGGCUCCAAGAAGCUUCCCCUGUGGCUGGUAUUCGAGAAUGCCGAUGCUCCGCAUGGGCCGCCGCACCAUGUCAUCUUCAAGUCCGGCGACGAUUUGCGCCAGGAUAUGCUCACCCUGCAGAUGAUUGGCCUGAUGGACAAGAUGUGGAAGCGCCAUGGGCUGGACCUGCGCAUGCUGCCAUACGGGUGCAUUUCUCUCGGCGAUCAGGUCGGCAUGAUCGAAGUGGUCCUCAAUGCCGAAACCGUGUCCGACAUUCAGUUCAUGUAUGGCGGCUCGACGGCCGCCUUCCGGGAGACGCCGAUCGCCGACUGGCUCCGGGGGCUGCACAAGAAUGAGGAGGACUACAUGAAGGCGGUGGACAACUUCACCCUUUCCUGUGCCGGCUACUGUGUGGCCACCUACAUCCUGGGCAUCGGCGACCGUCACAAUGACAACAUCAUGGUCACCACGUCCGGGCAGCUGUUCCACAUUGAUUAUGGCCACUUCCUGGGCAACAUCAAGCGCAAGUUCGGCUGGAAGCGCGAGCGGGCUCCCUUCGUCCUGACGCCGGACUUUGUCUAUCUGAUGGAGACCAAGUGUCCGAAUGAGUUCGAGCGCUUCCAGGAUCUCUGUGUCCAGGCCUACCUGAUUGUCCGUCGUGAUGCCCGGCUCUUCUUGAAUCUUUUUGCCAUGAUGCUGUCUACCGGCAUCCCGGAGCUCAAGCAUGCCGAUGACAUUGGGUAUCUGCGUGAUGCCCUUUGCCUGGACUUGUCCCCGGAGGAGGCGGCCGCCGAAUUCCGCUCUCUCAUCAGCGAGUCCCUUCGUCUUGGCUGGUCGACCCAGCUCAAUUGGCUCAUUCACAACUUGGUGCACCAGCGGUGA